AUGGCCGCACGGGCCCACGACGUCGCCGCACUUUCCAUAAAAGGAACCACCGCUUUCCUCAACUUCCCCGAGCUCGCCGACCAGCUCCCCCGCCCCAUUACUUGCUCCCCAAGCGACGUCCAAGCGGCGGCCGCCAAGGCCGCCGCCAUGGACCACCUCAGCCCUAACUCCCCCGCCACCUCAUCCGAUGAGGUGGCGGCCUCCCCCGAGGAGCUCGGAGAAAUAGUGGAGUUGCCGAGACUCGGAGGGAGUUUCGAGGAGGCGGCGGACGAGUUCUUGUUCGCCGAGGUGGAUGAUGGGUGGUUCUUCUACUCGCCGCCGUGGCUACACGGCGUGGAAGAUUUUGCGGGUGGUUCCAUGACGGGGGAGAUCGAAAGUGGUAGUUAUAGUUUUGAGACAUUAUUAUGGCAACAUUAG